CGAUGUGGUACUGGCGGAUUUUGAGGGUGAGUCGUCUCGGUUCGAUUGCGCUCUUCGCAUCGAGGUAGCUGAUCGUGCUCGCGCGUAUCAGGCUCCCUUCGAAUCGGUCAGCUCCUGGAUGAGGAAUUUGUAGCAACAUGGCAAUACAUGCCUAUAAGUAUUGUUGCUCACUUCCUCAUUGAAAGGUCUAAUGUUCCAGAUGUUAUAGAGACACUGGAAGCAGGAGCAGCCAAGGUGGUUGACAUUGGUUUAGACUUCUGGGCCUUAGGGAUCUUGAUGCUGGAACAUUUUGCACCAAGAUUCAUGAAAGGGUAUGAAGUGGAAGCUCUGGUAGAACAGGCCCAAGAGUUGGACAAGCAACAUACGCCGGCUCCUUGUAUACAACACCUCGAUCAGCUUAGACGACUGUUCGUCAGUGUGUACGACACUCGCGCGUAUGAGACAGAACUACCAGCAGAAGAGACACCCGGCAACAAGCUCCUAAAACAGGUCCUCAGGUUUUGCCUUCAGCGUCCAUCGAAUGUUGGUCUGCACUCUGCCAACGAGAGGACCCAGGAGGAGAUCGACGACCUCGUCGACACGUUCGUCAGGGCUUAUCCUCUGCUGCCCAUCGAUGAACUCGACGACUACGGCAACACCGAGGACGAGAAAGAGGCUGAAGCCGACGAGCACGAGGACGAAGUCGACGAGUUAGCGUCUUCGGCCUCGGCAGCUUCUUCUGGGUGUUCCGUCGACAGUCUCAGACACCCAGUACGACUACCCGGAAACUGUGAAAUCGUUCAAUAUGGAACAACAUGGACUAUGAAAGUAACCGGCACAGUUGUGGCUACUGAGGACCAGACUCAAACCUUUGAGUUAUCUUCAACCAAACAUGCGGUCGGCUACCCCAAACUGCAGCCUCGGUACUACUGCGGCAGCAAGGAUUGCGCAUACUCUGUUGUCAAGUGGGACAUCAUGGUUGAGCACAUAAAAAAGGCACACUCAGCCGGGUGUCAACAAUUGAAACCAACAGACUGAUGAACCCGUCGUGAAGAGGGAGUUGGAUUCAGGAGCACCCGCCUGAUCGGUUUCGAGGUCGCAGUGCAUAGAGCUAUUUCUUUCGUCAUGUUUACGAGAAUCUCAUACGUCGGGUAUACAAUCCACUACUUCAACUUGUGUCGCUCUACACAUAUAUAUACAUACGAGCCAUCUUCAAAAGAAGUCGCAAUCAGUCGAGCGUUACUCCCAUGUUCGGCCGUCGGGAUCCAACAUUUCGUCCCUGG